ACGGACUUCCACAUGAGGGUGUGGUGUUUGAAGACAAAAUGCAGUGUGUCAGAGCAAUUGAGAUCACUUCACUGAGGCACAUCUCAAUUGCAGUACCUGCUACUCAUCUGCUGACAAAAGCUUUGCCACAGCCUGAGAUAUGAAUAACUCAACAGAUUACUGGAUUGAGGAUGAGGAGGAUGAUCUCAACCCUCUUAUAGAUUACAAUACCUAUGAGCUUCUCUGUGAAAAAAGUGACGUGAGAAAUUUCAGAAAAUUAUUCCUCCCAGUGUUCUAUACACUGGCUUUCACGGUUGGAGUGGCUGGAAACUCAUUAGUGGUUGCAAUUUACGCCUACUGCAAGAAACCCAAGACCAAGACAGACGUGUAUAUCAUGCACCUCGCCAUUGCUGAUCUGCUCCUGCUUUUCACCCUCCCUUUUUGGGCUGCAAAUGCAGUGCAGGGAUGGGAACUUGGAAACCCAAUGUGCAAGCUCACUUCUUCUCUGUACACCAUGAAUUUCAGCUCCAGCAUGCUGUUCCUGGCCUGUAUCAGUGUGGAUAGGUACAGGGCCACUUCUGAAUCCCAGGGCCGGAGAAGAGUAGGCAAACACUGCAGUGUUACCUGCAUCUGUGUCUGGCUGGCUGCCACUUUCCUCAGUAUCCCAGAGCUGAUAUUUAAUCAAGUCAAGAAACACAAUGAGAGGAACGAAUGCCUUCCCAUAUUUCCAAUGAACAUGGAAACACUCUUAAAAUCAACCAUUCAAAUCCUGGAAAUUAUCCUGGAAUUUCUGCUUCCUUUCCUAGUAAUGCUGAUCUGCUAUUCCGCUACUGCUCGGGCCAUCUUUAGGUCUGCAAAUGUUAAGAAGUCCAGGCCUUUCAAGGUUCUGCUGGCAGUAGUGGCUACUUUCAUUGUCACCCAGCUACCCUACAACAUCGUGAAGCUGUGGCGAGCCUUAGACAUCAUCUACAUGUUGGUUACAGACUGUCACACCAGUAAAACCAUGGACGUGGCACUCCAGGUCACCAAGAGCAUUGCUUUGUUCCAUGCCUGCCUCAACCCUCUCCUCUACGCCUUCCUGGGCGCCUCUUUCAAAAUGCACAUCAUGAAAAUUGCAAAAAAUUAUGGGUACUGGAGAAGACAGCAGCAGAAUGGAAGACCUGAAGAAAUUUCUAUGAAUUAUGAAGACCCUACUGAAGAAACAAUCAGUUUCACUAUAUAGGCCCUCUGUUCCUUCCAUCAUCUUACAUAACCAAGGUUAAUUAAUUCCAGGGGGUAUUGCUUCCGCAGCUGUUUCUCUGCAAGUCAGCUUUCAGAUGAAUUUCUGAACCUGCCAAGAUACCACAAAGCACUUCAAAGUGGAACGUGUUUAUCAGAAUCAAGCAGGAACUGAACAGGAAUCAAGCAAGAACUAAAUACUGAAACCCCUAGAAACAACCUGAGAUAUUUACUAAACAACAACAUUAAAAAACUCAAACAAAAAAAAGAGCACCACAAUAAAAACCAAAAACCUAAAAACCCUCAAGAUUUAAAUUUCUAAGUGUCAUAGUACUAGGCAAUUAAGUAACUGUGUAAUGAACAACUAGUACACAUCUAAGCAUGCAAUUAAAACAGAGAAAAAAAAUCACCAAUAAAACAACAGGAACCUUUGUACCAGAAGUUAAUAAUCUUGUCUUUCUUCAACUAUUUUAUAAAACUUUAGAACAUUUGCCUAACAGUUCAGCUCCAUUUCUCAACUCAGCUAUCAUUCCAUAGAUAACCUUGCAGCUUGAAAUUAAGUAUAAGCUUAUGGCUGAGAACCAAGAGGGAGAAAGAGAGGGGAAAAGCCAUUCUCUAUGUGUUUCUACAAAGGUAUAGCAGCAACAACAUUCUCCACAAAAGUACCCCAGUAACUCCUUUUCUAUAACUACAGAAAAAAUGACCUUUCAUCUCUUCUUUUCUGCUCAACCUAAACUUCAACAAGACCAGUGCUCAAAGGGUGGCUGGCAUACUCUAGAUUUUUAUAAAUGUAAUAAAAAGUUCAUGUAAUCUUAAGAUACAAGGUCUGGAUUUUUUAUUUAGACUUGUUAAAAUUAAUCAAGCACUGCAAUAACUGUAUCUGCUAAAGUAUAUGGAGAUACAAUAAAAUCAAAGA